AUGGAUUAUCUCUCUCAGAUUUACAAGGAUGACUGCUACCGGGAUUAUACGGAUUGCGAUCCACCUAUUUCACUCGCCGUCAUAAGCAGUAAAGAACUUCACAUAGCAGAGGGGCUGUCACAUUUUUUUGACUCAAGUGCAUGUUUUCGGCUGAAUCACUUCAGGAAUCUACAAUCGCUCCUUACGCAAAAGGUAAAAGAAAGCUUGCCCUCCAGUGUUGCUGAGGUUUUCAAGAGUAAUUGGUGCACUAAGCAUGUGAAAUUAAGGAGCAGCUGCGUUAUCUUCUGCUUGGACUGGGAUGAGUUGGGUGAUGCUUCAAUGGAUGAGCUAUGGCUAUCCGAAGUUUGUAAUCAAAUCAAGGAAAGCAUGCGUCGCUUUCGGUGCCGUGUUAUAAUUGUCCUUGCAACCGAAAAGAAAAUGAGUAAAAAUGUCACAUCGUGUGCCCAGAUUGAGAAAUUACAGUAUGAGGUGAAGUUAUUUUUGGGCAGCGAAUUUAAGAGCGUUCUUCCUUUGUUUGAGGACGGAUUGGAUAGGCACAGUGCAGAAAAUCUGUUUCGCAUGGUCGUGGAGUUAUCUACAAAGUAUCACAGGGAUGAGGCAGUGCGGCUUAAGAGCUUUGCGGUGGAACCAACCUUUCGCGCGGUGCGACGCAUGUUUAAAACUGGAUGGCAUUGUCUUGUUUUGAAAGACCAUAAAGCUGCGAAGCGGUGUUUUGAAGUGGCGUAUAGGACGCUCAAGGACAUUGCACCUUUUUUUCCAGCGACUGAGUUGCGGAUUUGUGGUACCAUCCUUCUUCACCAUAUACUGCACAUUGUUUCUGCGGAAGCUUCGGUUUCAUCUGAAGAACUGUGUUAUCAACUCUGUGAGGAUCAUAUUAUUUGGGUGGGCCAAGCCCUUCGCUCGAGUUCUGCUGAGAACAAACAGAUGGCUGGAUUUUUGCGUUUACUGUUGUUGGGUGAAUGCUACGACUGGCUAGCACAGAACACCUCUAGUAUGGCUGUUGGAGUUCGCCAAGACUUCCUUGUCGCGUCAUUAGUAGCGUUUGGAGAUGCUCUGGAUAUGAUCCUAAAUUCUCUGCCUUCUUCACUUUCAGUCACAAUUCCUGCUUAUGUUGGUUCAGAGUGUUGUCUGGAAACUCACCGUUGUGUUUUUUCUUGUGAUCACGCAGAUUUAUUGUCGAAACGUGUGAAGAGCACACUAAAUCAAGUCUUGUCUCAGACAGAACUCUCGGUGGAGGCCAUUUUCAUUUCUGCACGGGCAUCCCAACUAAUUUGUGGAGGUGAGGAAGUCUUUGUUUUGUUAGAAAAAUUACGGAGUUUUAGCACCGGGACUUAUCGCGAGGCAGAAGCUGUCCACAAACUGCUGAUGGAGUCCACAAAGAAUGGUAUUGUCGCUCUUAGUGAAAGAAGUCGUGCAGAAUUCUUAUAUUCGGUUGUGUCACUUUGUUUUGGGCCUGGAGACAGAAAAAAGCAGAGGCACUAUCUUGGUUUGCUUUUAGAUACGGUAAAGCUGGCUGAGCUGGACAUGGUUACACUCUCGUAUCCGAGGAUGGGAUGUUGCGCUCCUUUCACUGUGUUGUGCAGUUUUGCAAACAAACGCCAGGACUGCUUGAAAGCAGCUCAAUUGAAGCUUACGCUUUUCACCACGUCUGUUGACACGAUUAUUGUGGACUGCCUUUGUGUCAUAGUUUCUCGUUUUUCUGGCGACAAGAGGAUGAACUCGAUUACGCAUUCUGUGUCGAAAAAACCCCUUGAGGUGAGGCUGCAUGCACCCUGUAGUGUUAGUGUUUUGUUAAAUCUUGAAGAACCGGGAAUGUACCAUUGUACAUGUAUUCGCGGACGCAUCAAGCAUGGUGGUACCUGUUUGAAUGUUGGGUGGAAUAUGGAUGAUUCACCGACUGGACAAUGCUCCCUACAACGGUGUGAGAUAGUUGGGGAGGUUUUAGGUGUGUCACAACAUAAUCCAUGGAUAUGUGUGGCAAAGCCAGCGUGCCGAGUUGAUAUGGUGGCUCCAAAUAACAUCAUGGGAGUUGAAGGUGAGGAGGUCUCUGUCGACAUUGUUCUCAGAACUGAUCAGGAUUUGGAAGGGAGAAACAGCCUUGUAUUACCCUUUGUUCCCAGGUUAUACGAAUUCUCUAGCCAUGAACUCCUUGAAAAGCGAUCGAGGUUGGGGGAUGGACCUCAGAAAGGUUAUCGCACAGUUAUUUUAGACAACCUUCCUUCAUUGUCUCCAUGUAAUCCCCUUCGACUAUCAGUGAAGUACAGAUGUCUAAAGGCUGGUAAAUACAUCGCUCCAAUUCUAUUUCAGUGUAGAUCGGCGAAUUAUUCGGGUAGGGAUGUAUUGAAGAAGGUACAGAUGGACAUUUUCUAUCCAUUCUCUCCGACUUACACACUGCUGAAAGUUUUGCCUUGGACGGUGAGCUCUCUCAAAAAAGAUGUGCUUUUGGGUUCAGAAGCCCGUCUCAGUGUCCCAGAAAGGUCUGAUGCAUUCGUACGGCGCGAGGUAUUUACCUUGGUUUCACCCCGAGAUUGUAUUAAUGAAGAUGCAUCAACAAUGCAGAACAACAGGGAUAUUCUACUUUACAGUGUACACAGGGAAAUUACAGCGAAUAGAGUUGAUCUCAAUGUUCCAAAAGGGGAGGAAAUCGUCCUUGUGGUGUCAAUGGAAUGCCAAGCUAUUCGAGGAUUAGAUGUACAGGCUUUGGAUGUUGUCUGUGCUCAUGGUACCACACUCAGAUCACUAAAUGUGGGUACGCUUCCUUGCCAUGUCGAUUACUUGGAGAAAUUAACAUUGACAGCAAAGAUUUGUGCACUGAGGGUUGGAACGUAUUCCCCUGGCUUUGUUCGAAUAGUAGUGGUUCCCGAAGGUGGUACACAGCGUAUUGUGUCUGAUCUCCCUUUGCCUGACUUAAGAGUGGAAGAUGCGCCUCUUGCGCUAGCUGUGAAAGGACCUUCAACUGUCAUUCUUGGUUCACCAUUUCUCGUUUCCUUUGAUGUGGUGAAUAAAACAGUGGAUUCCCGAAACUGCGAGUUGGUGGUUGGAAAGUGUGAAGAUUUUUUUUUGAUGGGUGGAAGGACUCAAUGGAGUUUCUCUCUGGGUCCAAAUUCCAUCAAGUCGACCGAAAUUAUUUUACAACCUCUUUGCGUUGGCACCGUCACUCUACCAUCUGUUUUUGUAAGACUUUCAUCAGAAAUGGCGUCUGGAACUUUGGCUUCGUGCCAGUGCAAUUCGCAGAGGGUAUGUGUCUUACCGUCUUGA